AUGGACGGUUUAUUAGAUGUCUUAAGUGAUCAUUUAGAUGAGCUGGUUGAGCUAGAUGGUUUUGACCUGUUACAAGGUGUUGAUCCGUUUGAAGCAGUACGCGCUAUUAAUGAUAAAAAGCUUUCAGAACGUCAAGACAUUGAACGUCAUAUGAAAAAUAUAGUUCUUUUAGAUAUCAAUGUUGGUGAUAAAAAUACAAAAGUUUUGACGUGUUGGCAUACUUUCAAUCAUAAGUGUAUAUCGGAAUGGUCAAAGCGGAAACCAAAUUGUCCCCUUUGUAGACACGAUGUGCGCCAGGAGAGACAACCAAAUCUUAAACGUAAGAGAUUAUCGCAUGAAGCUGAAGAACUUAAAGACGAAACAAGCAGUACCCAUCGCCAGGUUGCACGUGUGUCCGGGUUAGGGGGUAUAUUAGAAGGUACUGAUCCGUCAGAACCAGAGAACGCUCCUGAAUUUGAUGAAGAAGACUUAUUAAGUUUACUGAAUGCACGUGUGUUUGGGUUAGGGGGUAUUGAUCCGUUAGAACUAGACAGCCCUACUAAUAUUCUUGUUGAAUAUUACGGAAGAAACUAA